ACGGGUUUUAGGGGAGCAUCCUCGGAGUACUUGAUCUGAAUUUUGCUCUGACAGGGCCCGCUCUGAGAAUCUCUUUACUUUCCCUUGUCAUGAACAUUUUUUAUUCAAGAAUGGUUUAAUCUUGCCGACUGGACUUGAUAUCGUAUGUCAUUAUCGGCAGAUUUCUCCAGCCCCCUAUACCCAACAAGAGCCUCUCAUUAUGAAGCUUCCCAAGCGCCGAACCCCUCGUCCAAGACCAACCAUUAGACCCGAAUGCCGUACAGCCAACACUGGCCUCAUGAUGGAAAGCAUCUUUGGUUGUGUUCAUACUCCCAGGCCGGAACAGCAUCCCAGCAGCAUACCAUCACUGACAAUCGGAGAUUUGGUGUGGGCAAAAGUGGGAACAACUCCCUUUUGGCCGGCGCAGGUCGUCGAUCCAAGUCUUAUACCCUCCCGAAAGCGCCCAUUUCUACCCCCGAAGGAUACUGCAUCAGUUUUGGUGCAGUUUUUCGCCAAGUACGAUUGUGCAUACAUAACUCCGGGACCGCAAUUACUCCCUUUUGCACCACAUCUCAUUUCAAAGUGCGCUCGAUCGAAGUCACGGCUCUUCAAAAUCGCCGUGGAGGAGGCUCUAGCUGCAGGACGGAAAGGACAGCCAUCUUCUCCGGCAGACAAUAUAUCACUGCAGAAUAGCCAGGGGAUUCCUCUCCCCAACGCGGAGGUCAAAUUGCGAUUUCGUCAUACCAGACUGCCAUCAAGUUCCGCAGAUGUUUGUGCGAGAACCGUGCAACAGAGAGACGCUCAACCUGUCCGGAUGCUGACACCUCCACCGCGUUCCACCCUAUCAUUCAAAUAUGAUAACCAUGGUAUGCUUCCUAUUAACGACUGCCUGACCCCGCCAUCUCCGCCGAAACCAAUACACCGAUUUUGUGGUCUCGAUGAGCUAUCGCGGCAGGCAGUCCUGGAAAUUGAGCGUAUGAAGCAGCAAUCCGCGCUCGUCAACAUACAACUAAAACGAAAGUCGUCGCUGGACAAUAGUGGGGACUUUUGCUUACAUAAAUUCGCAAUGCUAGCAUCAUCUUCGAAUUGACGACGAUUGGUUAAACAUCUGUAUUUGAUUGAAGAGAAAAGGCCGCAAAACAACCUGAAAAAAAAAAGAUUGAUUGAACUCGGAUAUCUUAAGCUUCAUGAGGUUUUACCAGAGCCAUUUAUUUGUUUACAUGCCUGUGAAUUUGGCAAACUAUGAUGAUGAAGGGAAUGAUUGGAAAAUUCUCCUUCUUUAAAUUGAUACUGUGUAGUUUGGUAGAUGCUUCAAUUUCCACUUUUA